AUGCUACUAGUCCCGAUCAUGUCUACUACAUCUACAUGUCUCCAGGUGGAAGAGUUCCAAAAGACUCCCACUACUUUCCACAACGAGGUGUUCUCGGCCUCGCUUUCAGAUUACUCGAAUGAGUCAAGGCCGCAGAGUGAACCUGCUUCACCGCGGUCGGAAGAGUCAACGCAGCGAGUCUUGUUGCUCAAGGGGGCUCGGGAGCAAUAUGCACUGGUGAAUGAUCAUGCUAUUCCUUCGGUCUUGCAUGAAGGAGAGAUUCUUGUCAAGGUUCUUGCCAUCGGUCUUAACCCUGUCGACUGGAAAGGACCAGCAUUCAACUUUGGUAUACCCAGCCUGCCAUGGAUCAACGGUCGUGACCUAGCUGGCUUGGUAUUACAGGUACCUCAGGGUUCAUCACGUCUUCGAGUCGGCGACGUCGUCCUGGUGCCAUCAACGGAUUAUCGAGAUAUCAGAAAGGCUGCGUUCCAAGAAUACGCUAUUGCCACUGACUUUAAUGCCGCCCGCAUUCCAUCUUCAGCUUCCAUCCACGCCUCGGCUUCUGUGGGAGUCGCCUUUGUGGCUGCAGUCCUGGCCCUGGGUGUCUCUUUCGGAAUAGACUUCUCCUCCAUCACUCAAUCACCAGGACCGAACUUGGUCAACAUUGUCAACAAGCUUGAUAAGAAUGACAUCCCGGUCGAUAUUCGAGAAGAGUGUUUUGCCUCAUUAUUAGAUUCUGAAAAGCCACAGCCUGGAGAGUGGGUUGCUAUCUGGGGAGCCUCCACCACAACCGGCCUCAUCGCUCUUCAACUAGCCAAACUGGCUGGACUCCGCGUGAUCUGCGUAGCAGAUGCUGCACGACACGGCGCCAAACUCCUUCAAUCCGGCGCAGACCUUCUUGUCGACCGGCAAGACCCCGAACGUGCAGUGGAAGUGAUUCGAGGCGUGACCGAGGGCAAGCUACGAUACGCCAUUGACAUCGUCGGCAGAGAGACAGCAACUCUAUUAGAAAAGACCCUCAACCCAGACGGACACGCCCAUCUCCUUGGACUUUCUGGUCUGCCUAAAGAGCAGGUUUUAGGAAUCCAAUAUCACACCGUCCCCAUUAAGCUUUUCCACACUGCCCCUGCGGUUGGCGAGGUGAUGGUCUGCUGGUUGGAGGAUCUUCUACAAUCCACGACACUCACGUUACCGGAGAUUGUCCAUGCCGAGGGAGGCCUGGAGGGUAUUAAUGCGGCAUUAGAAACGCUGCGCAGUGGUUCGGUGUCCGGGAAGAGAAUUGUGGUUGAUCUGGGCUCUUUAUAG